AUGAAGAAGAAUGUAGUUGGGUUUAGGUUUAGUCCCACGGGAGAAGAAGUAAUCAACUAUUACCUAAAGAACAAGAUUCUUGAAAAAACAUGGCUCGUCAACGAAGCCAUUAACGAGAUCAACUUCUAUGCCUACGAUCCAAAGAUCUUGCCUUCGUUAUCGAAGCUGGAAUCGAAGGAUCUUGUAUGGUACUUCUUCACUCCCAGGGAGUACCACGUAUCUGAGAAGAAGAAGGGGACGAAGAGGACAACACCUUCAGGGUUCUGGAAAGCUACUGGUGUUGACCGGAAAAUCAAGGACAAGAGAGGACACGGUGAAGUGAUCGGGAUCAAGAAGACGCUUGUCUACUAUGAAGGUAAAUCAACUAAUGGUAUUUGGACUCCUUGGGUCAUGCACGAGUACCACACCACUUCCUUGCCUCCUACUCAGAGGAACUAUGUUAUCUGCCAAGUAAUGUACAAGGGUGCUGACGGAGAUAGUUUGUACGGUAAUAACUCCAAUGAGUUAAGCCACUACACCAUGGUCUCUGACUUGAAUACUGUCAGAGAGAUUAACACUGCUCCUCAGGUUGAGCAACCAAGUCAAGAUCAUCUCGGUAUGUCUGUGGAUGAUUUGGCAAUCCCACUGAACGACCAAGAUGAUCCCACUCUAUUCAAUACAGACGCGUUUCUCAACGACAUCUGCCCUCAGCAGCAGCCACAAGUUCCCUGGGAUGAUGAGUAUUUUAGUGGAUGUCUUAAUUUUAAGGAAGGGGAUUUUGAUGAUGUGCUUGGUGAUCUAGACAUUAUGAUGAUUCAAGAGCACCGCAACGAUUACAUGCCAAAGAAAGCUUUGACAGGGAUCAUUGCUGUUUGUAGCAGUGAUAGCAAUGCUGAAUCCGUACCUGCAACGGUAAGCAUGUUGGAACUAAUUAGUAUAAGUAUGACAUGCGUGUCCGUGCAGAAUUUGAUUUUACUUUUUAUAAACAAAUAUUUAUUUUAUAUACAUAAAAAUAUAUAUUUUAGAAUUUUAUCACUGUUAAAUAAUUGUUUAAUAUGAUAUUCUUAAAUAUAAUAAUAUUAUAGUUUAUAUUAGAGUAAUUCUCUAAGAUAGUUCAUUUUUAGUUUAUUUUUAAUCCAAAGAAUAAAGUUACCAAAAUAUAUUAUAUUGAAAUGUAAAUAUAUUUUUAAUACCUCUAGGGUUAUAUAAUCCUAGACGUUUUUUAUUUAAAGUUAAGAUGUGAGAUUUGGAGAGAGAUAUAAAAUAUUU